UUUUCCAUCUCUAAGCGCUACUGCUGAUAUUGAUUUUUAUUUUUGCGACGUUAUUUUGCUUGUUUAGAAAAUGCAGUCUGAAAAAACAAUCGAUAUUUACUUGGAAGCUAUGGAGGUGUUAAUACACCAUAUUCUAUACUCGCGGGGCGUUUAUCCGGCUCAGAUAUUCAAGAAACGUCGUAUUUACAACACCCCGGUCUUGGUCUCUAUUUUUCCGCCGCUCAACAAGUAUUUGGCGUCUGUUUUGCGAUCUGCCAGGGAAUUACUCGCCCACCAGGAGCUGCUAUGUUUGGAGGUGAUUAUUUACCAAAAGGAUAAUGAGCCAUUAGAAAGCUACCAGCUCCAGGUGGAGUCCCUUGAGGAUCCAGGUUCCAAGUCAGCGCCACAGGAUCCUAAUUUGAUGGAGUAUGAGCAACAGUUGCGCUCGGCAAUUUACAAACUAUCCGAGCGGGUAAAGCAUCUGCCCAGGCUUUCGCACGGUCGAUGCCUCUUUAAGGUCCAUGUGCACACUUUCCAGGAUGCAUUCGUCCGGCUGAGCCAUGACUCCCAGUACCAAGAGUUUCCCUAUCUCCAGAUCGAGAACUUCGAGUCGCAGGCGCCAUCGCAAAAGAUUUCCCUGCUUCCCUUGGCCAAAGUGGAAAAUGUUGGACUCAAAGUGCAGGCAUACAUCUUUGGCUGAAUCAUAUAUGUAUGUAGAUCUUAAGUCAGUAACUAAUUAAAUAUUAUUUGCAUUGCUAUUCAAAAGAGAUUGGUUCCGUUGAAAUUGCAUACAUCGACUAAGGUGGUUCGCUUCUUCUGUUAAGAAAUGUAAUGACAAUCUUUGGAUAACUCUAUACAUUCUUGACUAAAAUACUCACUGUUGGGUCUGAAAUCAUUAGUUCCUAGUUCAAUGACAAGCAAAGUUUACGUUUAAACAUUACCGCAAGUUAAUUAAUUUUAAACUAAAAUUUCACUUGUAUAUACAUAAAAUUAUAUAUAUUUACUUCCUUUUUAUUUGGAUAGUCGUUUGUUAAAUAUAAUUUAGUUAUUUAUUCAAAUUAUCGAUAAUAAGCUUAAGCUUGUCUUGUGGAUUCUACUAUUUAAUAAGUACUAAUUUUUAAAAUGAUAUUAGUUCAAUUUCACAGCUGCUUUAUACAAUAAACACAUAUGCAUGCAUAAAUAUACACAUAUACGCUAUAAAAUAAUCCAGAUAUGCGCAAAUUGGAUAAAAAUGAUUAAAAUAAAGAGAUGACUUCUGAAAAAGUUAA